AUGGAGGAUUUAGAUGCUUUGCUGGCAGAACUGGAGCAGAGCUCUCACCCAGCCUCCAAGGACUGCACGCUGCAGGCACCGAGCUCCUGCAAGCAGGAUCCGGCCACAGCCGGGCCCCCAGCGCCCCGUGGCCAUGAGCCCCCUACCUCCGCGGCCCCAAAGGUGCAGCUGCCGCCUCGGGCUCAGCCUCCAGGAGAGGUUUUGAAGACAGCGUACAGUAGCCUCGUACCGGUCCCACAGCCGCUGCUCCCCUCGCCUCCACCCACGGCGGCCGCCCAGCAGCUGGACGAGCUCCUGGCCGACCUGGGCCACAUGCAGAGCAAGCUAGCGGCUGUGGGGCAGGGGGCCGGGGUGCCAGCGGAGCCCUUGCUGGACAACAUGCUGGGCAGCCUCACCCGGGACCUGCAGGAGCUGGGCAUCACAGCCGCUCCCGCUGGCACCUGUGCCGCCUGCUGCAAGCCCAUUGCCGGCAAGGUGAGCCCCCGCGCCUCCACACCGGCGCCCCUCUCCCCUCGGCUCACGGUGCUCACAGCCCUGGGCAAAACCUGGCACCCCGAGCACUUCACCUGCGCCUGCUGCGGGCAGGAGCUGGGCGGCCAGCCCUUCUUCGAGCGGGGCGGGCGGGCGUACUGCGAGGAGGACUACCACCAGGCCUUCUCCCCCCGCUGCGCUUACUGCGCCGGCCCCAUCCGUGAGAAAGUCCUCACGGCCCUGGACCAGACCUGGCACCCCGAGCACUUCUUCUGUGCCCACUGCGGGAAAGUGUUCGGAGAUGACGGUAUGUCCCAGGGGAGAGGUGUGGGGCCGUACUGCCGCCAGGACUUCCUGGCCAUGUUUGCCCCGAAAUGCCAGGGCUGCGAGCGCUCCGUGGUGGACAAUUACCUGUCGGCCCUGCAGGGCGUCUGGCACCCCGAGUGCUUCGUGUGCGCGGAGUGCCUGAACGGCUUCGCCAGCGGCUCCUUCUUCGAGCUGGAGGGUCGGCCCUACUGCGAGCUGCACUUCCACCAGCUGCAGGGCAGCAUCUGCCACGGCUGCGGCCGCCCCGUGACCGGCCGCUGCGUCACAGCUGCAGGGCGCAAGUACCACCCCGAGCACUUCAUCUGCGCCUACUGCCUGGGCCAGCUGCAGAAAGGCAGCUUCCGCGAGCGCGGCGACAAGAUGUACUGCCAGGCCUGCCACGACAAGCUCUUCCUCUGA